GUGGCGGCCCACUCAGGACCCAGCGGGGGCAGCGCGAUGAGGCGGAUGACCCUGUUCCUGAACGGCAGCCUGCAGAACGGAAAGGUGGUUGCUGUAUAUGGAACUUUAUCUGAUUUGCUUUCCGUGGCCAGCAGUAAACUCAGCAUAAAAGCCACCAGUGUGUAUAAUGGGAAAGGUGGACUGAUUGAUGAUAUUGCUUGGAUCAGGGAUGAUGAUGUUUUGUUUGUUUGUGAAGGAGAGCCAUUUAUUGAUCCUCAGACAGAUUGUAAGCCUACUGAAGGAUUGUUAGGAUUCCACACAGACUGGCUGACAUUAAAUGUUGAAGGGUGGUACUUUACAACUACACGGAGCACUUUAGUGAAUAAAGAACCUAACAGUAUGCUGGCCCACAUGUUUAAGUACAAAGGUGUCUGGGGAAAUAAGCAAGAUCAUAGAGGAGCUUUCUUAAUUGACCGAAGUCCUGAGUACUUUGAACCCAUUUUGAACUACUUGCGUCAUGGACAGCUCAUUGUAAAUGAUAGCAUUAAUUUAUUAAGUGUGUUAGAAGAAGCAAGAUUUUUUGGUAUUGACUCAUUGAUUGAGCACCUAGAAGUGGCAAUAAAGAAUUCUCAGCCACCAGAGGAUCAUUCACCAAUAUCCCAAAAGGAAUUUUUCCGAUUUUUACUGGCAACUCCAACCAAGUCAGAACUGUGAUGCCAGGUUUUGAACUUCAGUGGUGCCUAUCUUUCUUGUUUGGACCUUCGAUACGUUCACUUCAAAAUGGCCAAUUUAAGCCUCUGUAAUCUUGCACAUGCAAAUCUUUGCUGUGCAAAUCUUGAACGACCUCAUCUCUCUGGAUUAGUGCUUGACUGUGCAAAUAUCCAGGGAGUCAAGAUACUCUUAUAUAUAUAUAAAAAGAUGCUCUGUUCUAAUGCAGAAGGAGCAUCCCUGAAACUGUGUAAUUUUGACGAUCCUUCUGGUCUUAAAGCCAAUUUAGAAGGUGUUAAUCUGAAAGGUGUAGAUAUGGAAGGAAGUCAGAUGACAGGAAUUAACCUGAGAGUGGCUACAUUAAAAAAUGCAAAGUUGGAGAACUGUAACCUCAGAGGAGCAACUCUGGCAGGAACUGAUUUAGAGAACUGUGAUCUCUGUGGGUGUGAUCUUCAAGAAGCCAACCUGAGAGGGUCCAACGUGAAAGGAGCUAUAUUUGAAGAGAUGCUGACACCACUAUACUUGUCACAAAGUGUCAGAUGA